CGGCAGGCCCCGGGCCCCUGCGCCGCGCGCCCUCUCCCCGGCGGGGGCCUGGAGGGCAGGGUGGGCGCGGGCGAGGGUCGGGGUCCCGGAGGCGGGAGGCAGCGCGCAGUCGGGGUUUCCAGGUGAAGGGCAGGAAAACAACCGGUCGGUCUGGGCGGAGCCGGGCGGGCGGGGCGAGGGCGGAGGGCGCAUUGCCUCAUCCUGUACAUUUUACUGGAAACCGGACGCAUCCGGAGGAGGGGCUGGGAGGUGGCCGGGGCACCGCCAAUGGCCGGGCCGGGCGCCGGGGAGGCCGGCAAGGGCAGCGGCCGGUUAAAUACCCUGGCAGCUCGGGGCGCGCCCGUACCCGUCCGCGCCGUGCGCCCGCCGACAGCUCCCCGAGCCCGCCCGCGAGGCAGCCGCGCGCAGCGAGCCGGUGGCGCAGGUGUCGGGUCCCCGAGCGCGCAGCCCGGGAGCAUGAUCGUGGACAAGCUGCUGGACGACAGCCGCGGCGGAGAGGGGCUGCGGGGCGCGGCGGGCGGCUGCGACCUCAUGACCAGCCCGCUCAACCUGGCCCACUUCUACGGCGCGUCGCCGCCCGCCGCCGCCUGCGACGCCAGCUGCUCGGCCUCGGGCCCCUCGGCGCCCGGCUCGCCCGGCUCCGACUCCUCCGACUUUUCCUCCGCCUCGUCGGUGUCCUCCUGCGGCGCCGUGGAGUCCCGGCCGAGAGGCGGCGCCCGCGCCGAGCGCCAGCCAGUUGAGCCCCAUGUGGGGGUUGGCAGGCAGCAGAGAGGCCCCUUUCAAGGUGUUCGGGUAAAGAACUCGGUGAAAGAACUCCUGUUGCACAUCCGAAGUCAUAAACAGAAGGCUUCCGGCCAAGAUUUUAAGACACAAGGUGUGAACAUAGAGCAGUUUACAGAAUUGAAGAACGCACUAUCAUAUAGUGGGAAAAGGAAAGGGCCCGAUUCAUUUUCUGAUGGACCAGUUUGCAAAAGGCCAGCUCUGUUGCAUUCCCAAUUUUUGACACCACCUCAAACACCAACCCCUGGGGAGAGCAUGGAAGAUGUUCAUCACAAUGAACCCAAGCAAGACAGCAGUGCUGAUCUGCUCCAGAACAUUAUCAACAUUAAGAAUGAAUGCAGCCCUGUGUCCCUGAACACAGUUCAAGUUAGCUGGAUGAGCCCUGCGGUGGUCCCUCAGAGCUCCCCGGCAGAGCAGUGUCAGGACUUCCAUGGAGGGCAGGUCUUUUCUCCACCUCAGAAAUAUCAGCCAUUCCAAAUCAGUGGCUCCCCACAAAUGAUAGACCAGGCUUCCCUGUACCAGUAUUCGCCACAGAACCGGCACGUAGAGCAGCAGCCGCACUACACCCACAAACCCACUCUGGAAUACAGUCCCUUUUCCAGACCUUCCCAGUCCCCGACUUAUGAACCAAACCUCUUUGAUGGUCAAGAAUCACAGUUUUGCCCAAACCAAAGUUUAGUUUCCUUCCUGAGCAGUCACGGGGAAUCUGAGAGUAUUGCUCAUCCCAUUCAGACUUCCUCCAGUGUUCAGCCGCAAAAUGGUGCCCACUUGCACAACUUCAGCGUGAUGCCCAACAGCGCCUGUGACGCUAUGGCGGGGCACGAGAUGGCCCCCGACUCUUCAAACACGCCACUGCCGUUUUCUAACAUUGGAAAUCCAAUGAACACCACACAGUUAGGGAAGUCAUUUUUUCAGUGGCAAGUGGAGCAGGAGGAAAGCAAAUUGGCAAAUAUUUCCCAAGACCAGUUUCUUUCAAAGGAUGCAGAUGGUGACACGUUCCUUCAUAUUGCUGUUGCCCAAGGGAGAAGGGCACUUUCCUACGUUCUUGCAAGAAAGAUGAAUGCACUUCACAUGCUGGAUAUUAAGGAGCACAAUGGACAGAGUGCCUUUCAGGUGGCAGUGGCUGCCAAUCAGCAUCUCAUUGUGCAGGAUCUGGUGAACCUCGGGGCGCAGGUGAACACCACCGACUGCUGGGGAAGAACACCUCUGCAUGUCUGUGCUGAGAAGGGUCAUUCCCAGGUGCUUCAGGCGAUUCAGAAGGGAGCUGUGGGGAGCAAUCAGUUUGUGGAUCUUGAGGCAACUAACUAUGAUGGCCUGACUCCUCUUCAUUGUGCAGUCAUAGCCCAUAAUGCUGUGGUCCAUGAACUCCAGAGAAAUCAACAGCCUCAUUCACCUGAAGUUCAGGAGCUUUUACUGAGGAAUAAGAGUCUGGUUGAUACCAUUAAGUGCCUAAUUCAAAUGGGAGCAGCAGUGGAAGCGAAGGAUCGCAAAAGUGGCCGCACAGCCCUGCAUUUGGCAGCCGAAGAAGCAAAUCUGGAACUCAUUCGCCUGUUUCUGGAGCUGCCCAGUUGCCUGUCUUUUGUGAAUGCAAAGGCUUACAAUGGCAACACUGCCCUCCAUGUUGCUGCCAGCCUGCAGUAUCGGUUGACGCAAUUGGAUGCCGUCCGCCUGUUGAUGAGGAAGGGAGCAGACCCAAGUACUCGGAACUUGGAGAACGAACAGCCAGUGCAUUUGGUUCCUGAUGGCCCUGUGGGAGAACAGGUGAGAGGCACGGGAGGGAGAGGAAGUACUUUUUGGCACCCCAGUCUAAAACAUAAAGGGAGCUGAGGCUGUGCAGGUCCAAGGCCAGCUGUUGCUCUUCAGGUGGGCUCUGUCAGUGUGUGUCUCACAGUAGCUUGGAGUUACUCUUCCUUUGGAAACAGAGCAAUUAAGAAAUUUAUCUGUAGACUCAAAAUGGUUAGAGGUCAGGUAGUCGUCUUUUCUGUGACACAAACUUAGGUUUAGAGUAAGUCAGAAUGGUUUAAGGUUCAGAAAGGGAAGGUACGAAGGUUCCUGCAGAUACCAAGGAAAGAGAAUCUUAGUUUCGUAAGGUGUGUGCCUUCACAUGUUGUGGAUAUUAAAUGAGUUGUUAUUUGUGGAGUGCUCGGAAUAGUCGCAGGCACAGAGUAAGAGCUCAGGGAACUUCAGUAGUUAGAAGUAUUUCUAUUUACGAAGUGAUACUGAACAAAAAAUGGAAAGGUUACUUACGUAAUUUCAAACCUAGAAAUAUACUUUAAACGGAAUGAAUGCUUUACUCAUCAAGUGUGCUUAUAUGUUAUUGAGGAUUGCUAGUUUCAUGAGUAAAUAAGGACUUACUCCUUUAAGAAUUUGAAAGGUUUUUGAUGGAAAUCCUUUCCUGGGAGGAAUGAGGUGGAUUGUGGCUGUGUACCGGUAGGGCAUUACAUACUUUGCUAAUCAUGAAAUACUUUGAUUCUGAGCUGUCAUUAUGACCACAAUGUUACAGGAGCCCCUUUGAAGAGCUCUUUGUAAAGAAAAAGUCUUUUGAUAGUUUGCAAAGAGUUUUCAUGUGUAUAGUUUAAUGUUAGAAGAACUUUGCAACUUCCAAGUUUCAGCUGAAAAAAUUGAUAUUCAGAGAGGUUCCAAGGACCAGAACCAUCAUUAACUUAUAAAAGGCAGAGUCUGGCUGGGCGCGGUGGCUCAAGCCUGUAAUCCCAGCACUUUGGGAGGCCAAGGCAGGUGGAUCACAAGGUCAAGAGAUCGAGACCAUCCUGGUCAACAUGGUGAAACCCCAUCUCUACUAAAAAUACAAAAAAUUAGCUGGGCAUGGUGGCGCGUGCCUGUAAUCCCAGCUACUCAGGAGGCUGAGGCAGGAGAAUUGCCUGAACCCAGGAGGCGGAGGUUGCGGUGAGCCGAGAUCGCGCCAUUGCAUCCCAGCCUGGGUAACAAAAGUGAAACUCAGUCUCAAAAAAAAAAAAAAAAACCAAAAACAAACAAACAAACAAAAAAGGCAGAGUCCCAGUCCCAGUGUUUGCUCCUGCUUCCCUGUCUGUAGAGUCCUAGGGAUGAUUGACGUGUUGAGCCAUUUAACUCUUCAUUAAAUGUUUUCAGAUUAUUCUCUUUGUUGCUUUGGUAUUCUGUGUAUUCUGGGCAGGUCGCUGGUCUUCUCCCUUCCUUGUAUUGGCAGCCUGUGGUCGUGGGUUUCGUCCUAGCAGCUAUCAGUUGUAUCCCCUACCCCAGUCUCCUUUCUUCUGAAUUGCUGCUGCUAAUCUGCUGUAGGCUGAGAGAUAGAAAAUAAAAUCUGUCAGACCGAGGUAUAAAAUGAAUCACUCUGAAUGAGCCGGGAUCUUUUCUGUGAUCCACGAAGUUAAGUGCAGAUGCCUUAAUACUUGGGUAUCAUGACAGCUGUUUUGACUCGAAUGCAUUAGAGAUUUACUUUUGUGUGUGUUAUAAAGUGGGUUUUGUGUUCCUGUUAGUUGAGGCUGACUUCAAGAUUAGUGAGAUAUUGUAAUAUGCCUUAAUUACUACCUUAUAUUAAAUGUUCUCGCAAAUAGCAAGAGUAAAGAUUAGGAAGAGAACCUGGGUGUUAUUUAAAUUUAUGGAAAUUUUUAACUUCAGAUAAUUUUUAAUGGAGGUAUUUUACUUUCUUGGACCCAAAGAUUAUUAUAGGAGAUCCAAAAUAAGCUUUAAAAGGAGUUUAGGAUUUUUAAAAGUCACCUUAAAAUCUUGACAAGCAUUGUGUGUAUUUCUUUGUAUACCUACAAGAUAAUAGGAGUAGUGUAGCAUGUAUAAGAAAGGAAUAAAACUCAGAAGGAAAUGCACCAUAUUGUCCAUAAGAAAUAAACCUCAUAAAUUGUAUUUAUUU